AGGGCUGCCUCUAUAUCUUACUUUCCUUAUUACACUCGAUAAAAGGUGGGCUAUAUGGAUACAGCAGCUUCACAGUCCUCGGGGUGCCACUUUGAGGUGUAUGGAGUUCCUCAAGCAGCUUAUUGACCCAUCUAAAAAGGGCAGAAUAUGUCAAAGCAACCAUGCAAUAUAUUGUUUGGGUAACAAGGUCAUCGGUAUUUAGAUAUACAGUACAUAUAUAUAUAUAUCUCUUGCCUAAGGUCGCUGGGUCUUCAUUGCUUAAUCCCUAGGCAUGCCCUUAGGUGGACGAUACACCUAUAAAUUUAGGUGAGCGCUGACGAAACCUCAUCCGUAUAUACAUACAUUCCUUCAGGAAAGGAAUAUCUACAUUUGCUCAAUCCCGACCUCCGAGUCAAAAGACUUGACAUCUGGCAAGGAGAACGUCACAGACUCAAUUUGCGCAAGUGUCAAUCUCAACAGGCACCAUGAAUUUUGGAUUGGCUCCUACGACACAUUCGGACAGUGGGACAGAGAGUUGGAUCCAGUUUCUCCAGAAGGUCUAGGAAAGGGACUGAGUUACGGCACCUGGGCAGGGUCGAGGGCUUACUUACAUUGUACACAUGUGUAUCGUUUUAUUUCAAAACCUCAUUAGCCGUUGCUUCCCUUGCUAGGGUUCAAAUAUCGCGAUUCUUCCAAACUUUGCAGUCCUCCCUUUUGCCCCUACAACCCAGCAUGAAGCCAACAGCCGUCGUCGCAACCGUUCUUGUUGCUGUUUUCGGGGGCUUCUACGCUUAAUUCUAUGCCCAAGGAAGCUAUUCGUCAAAUUGACCAUUUCUCAGCUAUCUCUCCUUUUACUAUCUCUCAUGCGCUGUGGCGAGCUGCAUAACCGGCCGAGUUUUCACGUUAUAUUACUACACUCCGGGGCAAAAUAAGCCAGUCAGCAGCUAGAAAAUGCCAAAAUUGUCUCUACAAAGAGAGGCCAAUGCAACAAAGCGUCUCCAAGCGCUUUCUAACCUGGUCUCACUUACUGAGCUCGUUUCAGAGGUCCCAGACCUCGACCAAGACUGUAUUCUUGGCCCGAAUGUCUAUGAAUCAGCUAAGCUUCUCUAUAUGUAGUUUAACAGUGGCUUAACCUGCGUGCUCACCAUUCUUCCUAACAAGAUAUAAAUUAACGGUUAGAGCGAAUAGGUUCUACUAUUUAGCAUGUUACUUGACCUGGUUACAGCGGAAUCAACAUUUGGCGGAACAUUUAUGGCUUCAAAUGCUCCACCUUAUCUGGAAGAGAAAGCAUUUACUCGGGAAAACAGAGGCUUCUGGAACUACACUCACAAACUCCAUUCUACUUCGGCACGUGGAGCUGAAAUUUCAAGGAACUCUGAGGUAUCACAUUCUUGAAGAUCCGUGACGAUAUUACACACUGUAUCUGAUAACCACAUCGCCCCGUAG